UAAACAAUGCAAGACCUCAAAGUUUCAAGAUAUGAAUUUUUUUAACUUCAUUUUCAUUUCAUAUUAAGUUUAAAUAGUUUUUUAAUAAGUAGACUUAAAAAGAAAGUAAUUGUUUUCCCGCCAAACAUUGCCUAUGGAAAUAUAGUUUUAAAAGGUAUAUGUGAUAGGCCACCUCUUUAUUUCAUAUUUGUCUAUUGCAAAACUUAUCUAGCGACCUAUGUAACAAACAAAGCAAUUUGUUUUUGUUAUUUAAAUAAGUGUCAGUAAACCAAUUUUUAUUGUGACACUUACUACUUCUAGCAUUUUUACAGAAACCAUGAAACUAACAAACUUGCUUUAUAUGCGCGCAUACAUACGUCUCCCAAGUUUCGCACAAGAAUGCCCUUGACACUGCUGUCGGAUUAACGUGCUUCUAAAGAGAACUUGAAGCGAGUGAGAUAAGGCCACGUAGUUAAACCGUCAAAGUAGGAACAAUGUAAUUCAGAAAACAGUUAUACAGAAGUAUUUACGAUUGCACGGAAAUAAAAUCACUAUACAAAUCUUCGGUUCAGUUUCUUGCUUAAAACUGCAGCGACAUUCAGAUUUUUAAAACUUGCCAUUCAGUUGUCACUCAUAUGAUAAACUCUAAUCGGCGAAACUAGAACCUUGAUCAAAUUAGCUUAUAUAUGUAUUAACAUUUUAAUAGCCUUUUUGUUGAUACGCCGUCGCUUAUUUACAGUCAAUCACAAGUCAUUGUACAUCUACAUCUACAAUCAUGACGGUUCGUAGCUAGUGGUGGGCCUGUAGCAGUCGUAGCGAACGUAGCGCGGCAUCAGUGCUACGACCGCCGCGCCAGCCGCCGGCUCGCGCGAGCACGCAGCUUCUACGCGCCGUUAACCGCGUUUUACGAACGUUAUAAACAUUUUUACAACUCAAAUCGACUCCGUAAAAAUCUGUACGGAUUAUAAACAAGGUUUUUUUGCACCUUCUGUGUCGCUCAAUUAUUUAGCGAAUGUAAAACGUGAUAAUGGACUUUUAGUCAGGCAAUGUUGAGAAAUAAGUUUAUUUGUAUUUAUGUUAAAGUGAAAAGUGCCAAAAUUUAAAAUGAAAAUUCUUAUGUGCCAUGUUUCUGAUAUGCUUUGUUCUUCAAUCACGAAAGUAUUAAUUUGGGUAGCGAUUUCAUUUUUAAUCAAAGGUGCUGUAUGCUGUGAUGAAGAGUAUCGCUUAGUACGCCACCUCAUGCAGAACUACGAUGCUUCCGUACGUCCUGUGGAAAACUCCUCGCAUCCUCUCCUCGUUACCUUCGGAGUCUCGCUCCAUCACAUUAUUGAUGUGGAAGAAAAAGACCAGCUGCUGACGACAAAUUGCUGGAUCACGCAAGUAUGGAUGGACUACCACCUCCGAUGGAACACGAGCGACUUUGACGGAAUAGGCGUCAUAAGGAUACCUUUCGAGAGGGUGUGGAAACCUGACAUUAUUCUAUACAAUAACGCGGAUCCCAACUACCGUUCCGCGGUGAUCAACACGAACGUGAUCGUUCGUCACACGGGCGAAGUGACGUGGCUGAGUCAUGGCAUCUACGUAUCUGUGUGUGACAUCAACGUGGAACAGUUCCCAUUCGACGUGCAGCUGUGCACCAUGAAAUGGGCUUCGUGGACUUACGAUGGUUUUCAGUUGGAUUUAAUAAAACAAUUCGACGAAGGCGACACAACGAACUAUCAGACGAAUGGGGAGUUCGAUCUAGUGAGCUUCGAGGCCAAUAAACACAUGAAGUAUUACUCCUGUUGCGUGGAGCCCUACCCUGACAUCACGUACGUCAUCAAGCUGCGGAGAAGACCCAUGUUCUACGUGUUCAACCUCAUUCUUCCGUGCUUGCUUAUUAAUGGGAUCGCUCUUCUCGUAUUCUACGUGCCGUCGGAGUCUGGCGAGAAGGUGACCUUGGGGAUCAGUGCGCUACUCUCCAUGACGGUGUUUCUCAUGACCAUCAGGGACACCUUGCCACCAACAGAGAAGACUCCACUUAUUAGUCUGUAUUACGGAGUUAGUACGUGUCUAGUAUCGUUCUCGGCGUCCCUCUCCGUGGUCACUCUCAAUAUAUCCUACAGAGGAGUGAGAGGGCAGCCGGUGCCGGCCGCGCUGCGCGAGCUCGUGCUGCAGCGGCUCGCACGGCUGCUUUGCAUCAACUUCGAUAUGGACGCCAAGGGUGACAGCACGCCAGUAGCGGUAGGAGUGCAGGUGAACCCUCGCACCGGCUCGCGCCUGAAGACGGAGCUGAGCUGCGACGGCGCGCCCUUGCCGCCGCCCUCACCGCGCUUCGCUCGGCACAACCACAACCACAUGGCAGGAGCGAUGGCUGCACAGAGUGACGUGAGCACCGAGGCCUGUCCGACAGCGUGCGUCCGCUGCGCAUGCUGCGGCUGCACGCUGCGCGAGGCCGCUGCGCGCCACGAACAGCGGGUUGCCGCCAACGAGCGCCUCGACCGUGCCAAUCUUGAGUGGAAACAGGUGGCAGUAGUGGCGGACCGGGCGCUGCUGGCGGUGUUCGUGCUGGUUACCGCCAUCUCCACUGCGGCCAUCCUCCUGCCCCAGCUCACCAACCUGCACGUCGGAAACACGCCCUUGAAACCACCCAUUUAGAACACGGUUUCAACUAUCUCGGAAUCAAACUUUUGUGCCAACGAAUAAUUAAUAUACAAUGGUCAAAAUUGUG